AUGUGUUCCACCUCUUUUUGUCCCACAUGCCCACCAAUAUUACCAUGUGGGCUAGGACCGUGUUGCUUCUCGUGUCCACCACCUACUCCCUGCUGCCAGCCCUGUUGCCCUCCACCACUACCGUGUACACCUUAUCCUCCAUGUAACUGCAAACCAAUAUGUAGGCCGAGUCCAGCUCCUCUUUUGCCAGAUAUAAUGCCUCCAAUAGUCCCGGUUUUACCGUGUUGCAAGCCACGUCGCGAUCCUCCCAGUGAACCUCCCCCACCUUGCCCGCAAAAACCUGCCUAUUGUCCACCAGUUUUGCCUUGCUGUCCACCACCUCAGCCGUGUGACCCACCUCCAAUGAAACGAUGUCCCGAGCCAAUAAGAUGCUACUAUCCCGUUUUGCCGUGCUGCAAUCCACAGUGCCCUACGCCAGCUCUUCCCAAGCAACGACCUAUUUGUCCAAGGCCGCCCCCCGCUACAUUUCCUUGCGUUCCUGUAUCUCGCCGAUGCUGCCCAGACUGCGAAAUCGAUCCGAUAACUGUUCGCAGACCCCUAAUAGUUCAUAAUGGCGUAUUGCAAAAGAAGCCCGCACCUACUCCUAUGAGCCCAGGAGGCGCGUACGCUGUGGAUGUCCCUUUGAGGUAGUGAGAAGCUUCGAAAUGAGAGAAACUUAGAAUGUGGAUGAAAUUUCGUUACGUCUAUUUUUAUUUAAUAAAAACGUUU